GCAGACAACCCCCCAUCGCUGUGCUGUGGACACAGCUGCUGCAAGAACUGCUGGAAUGAAUAUCUCACCACGAGGAUAGAGCAGAAUCUGGUACUGAACUGCACCUGUCCCACCACCGACUGCCUGGCGCAGCCCACCUCGGAUUUCAUCCACAAAAUCAUCUCCUCUAAAGAGGUGGUCCAAAAGUAUGAAAAGGCUUUGCUUCGGGGAUUUGUGGAAAGCUGCUCCAAUCUGACUUGGUGCACAAACCCUCAAGGCUGCGACCGCAUCCUUUGUAAGGAAGGACUGGGGACCGGAGCAGCCUGCGCAAAGUGCUCCUGGGUUUCCUGCUUUAACUGCAGCUUUCCAGAGGCUCAUUACCCAGCCAGCUGCAGUCACAUGUCUCAGUGGAUGGACGAUGGAGGGUUUUACGAGGGGAUGACCCUGGAAGCUCAGAGCAAGCACUUGACUAAACUCAUCUCCAAGCAUUGUCCGAGUUGUCAGGCUCCGAUUGAGAAAAACGAGGGCUGUCUACACAUGACGUGUGCCAAAUGUAACCAUGGCUUCUGCUGGCGCUGCCUCAAACCGUGGAAGCCAAAUCAUAAAGAUUACUACAACUGCACUGCUAUGGUCAGUAGAGCUGCCCGUCAGGAGAAACGGUUUCAGGAUUACAAUGAAAAAUGCACCUUCCAGCACCAGGCCAAGGAAUUUGCCAGUUGUCUGAGGAAUCGGCUUUGUGUUCUUAGUGAAGAACCACCACUGCGGACUCUGACCUUCCUGAUCUCCGCAUGUAAGGUGUUAGAGUUGAGCCGGAAGGUUCUUGGUUAUGCUUGUGUCUACAGUUACUACAAUCAGGAUUCAGAGCGCCUCGAUGUUCUGGAGGCCCAGACUGAGAAUUUGGAGUACCAUGUCAACGCGCUGCAGAUUCUGAUUGAGUUCUGCCUACUUCAAAGUGAGGACCUGGCCUGUUCUGUGCGCCUGCUGAACUCUGAGAACUAUAACAGUGCGUUGGAACUGGUGAGGAGAGUGCAGGAGAGACUGAGCGGCAUCUUGCAGCACUCCACCCAGGACUUCCGAGUCGGAUACCUUUCCCAGCCAGAUGACAACCCAACAAAGGACUCCAAUGUUCCAGAAAAAGCUGCCAUCCCUGGAGCCUCAGAGUAA